AUUAGAAACGAGGGUUAUUGUUCAGAAUAAUGAUCCGUUUAAUCAUGAAGAUGAUACAAACUCUCUAAGAGGCUCCGUUAUUUCAAUUAGCAUGACAAAUGACACAGGACAACCAGUAUACUAUGACGGUGAAAUGCAGAAUCCAAUAGAGUUUAAUAUAUACAGAGGAGAGGAGCAGUUUGAAGCCACUUCAGAAAACGGCACAAACGAGAUCCGAUUAAUGUAUAACGAAACAGCGAUUAGUGGUCUUCCAUCGGUAGACGUCGUUCUUACAGAUGUUCAAAUGCAUACUGCCAUUACUGUUGAGGUGAUAUCAUUUGGUGAAGAAAAUAUGAAUUUUGGAGAAACAUACAACUAUACAAUUGCUGUCUACCUUAAAGUAAAUGACUCUUCAACAGGAGAUGACUCCGAUGCCAACUGUACACUUGAACAAUAUCUGUAUACCGUUGACUCUUUGGAUUAUGAUAUUGAAGAGAACCAAACUCCGUGGAAUGAUUCAGUUUUCAUUCGAAAGGGAAAUACGCUCUGCUUCUUCCCAAAUGCUAUUAUGAACAAGUUCUUGAGUGACUCACCGUCGGAUUUAUACAUUAGUGUAAGACAUCAACGAACACAUGGUUCACUUUCUAACGAUGUAGAAGAUACGGAAACUGAUGAAUUGGAAAAAUUCACUCCAAUGCGUUACGGCAUUUCCUUCUUCACGUCCCGAUGUUAUUAUAGAAGUUCUUUAGAUACAUCAUGGCAUUACGAAGGAUGUGAGGUAGGUGAAAAUUCAACCCGUGAUACAACACAAUGCUUUUGCUACCGUCUUGCUCCGGCCGAGGAAGCCAGUGAGACUAGAGACUACGCAAGCCGAAGACGUAAGCGAAGCGUUAACGUGCUUCCCGAACAGACUAAAAACCUCGUAACGAUUGGCGGAGGUUUUUCCGUACCAAUGAACUCGAUUGAUUUGAGUGAUUCGGCAUUUACAAAACUUAGCGAAAAUCCGGUGGUCUUUGUGUUUAUGACGUGUUGCCUCUGUGGGUAUGUCGUCAUCAUUGUAUGGGCACGCAAAGAAGACCAACGAGAUGUUUCAAGGGCUGGUGUCACUCCUAUGUGCGAUAACGACCCGCGACAUAGAUAUAAGUACGAGAUUACUAUAUUCACUGGCGUUCGACGCGAAUCCGGUACUACGGCCCACGUCUCCUUCAUCCUGAAUGGUGAAAAGAGUGAGACUGGGAUACGUGUGGUAAAAGAUAAAAAGCGACCUAUUCUGCAACGGAGUAAUAUCGAUUCAUUCCUUAUGACAGUGCCAAAGGAUUUGGGAACUCUGGUGCAUCUGCGCAUUUGGCAUGAUAAUUCAGGUGAAAGUCCGAAAUGGUUCCUCAGCCGUGUGUCCGUCAAAGAUAUUCAAUCAAAUAGGACGUAUUACUUUAUGCUAGACAAAUGGCUAGCUGUUGAGGAAGAUGACGGUCAGAUUGAGCGGAUUAUUCCAACUGCAGGACACAGUGAGCUGACAAGCUUCGGGCAUUUAUUUCACAGUCGGACAAGGCGCAAUCUCUCCGACAGUCAUCUAUGGGUUUCCGUACUAAUGCGUCCACCGAAGAGCAACUUCACCAGAUGUCAACGUACUACUUGCUGUCUAUCACUUCUCUUUUGCACAAUGAUGGCCAAUAUUCUCUUUUACGGUGUUGAUGUUACUGAGGGUAAAACAUCUGUGUCUUUUACAUUCGGACCAUUUUCGUUUUCUAUUGCACAACUUGUAGUCGGCAUCAUCAGCAGCUUGAUGGUAUUCCCCAUUAAUAUGAUAAUUGUUCAGCUGUUUCGGCUUUCACGUCCAAGAAAUAGAACAAUUCGCUGUUCUAAAAAUAGGCACGUUGAAAAGCCAACGUGUAGACCUCAAAGUGUCAGCACCAUCAGUAGUUCAUCGUCGAUGAAGGAACUGAAAGCUCAAAAAGGUAUUUUCGAAUCGAGUAUUGGACAAGGACAAGAAAAUCGUAAUACAAAUAUUAAGCCUGUAAAAGAAGGUGAAAUUGGUAUGUCAAAAAUCGAUAUCCAAGUGAAUUCAAAGACGGAAACUACGAAAGGAAAACGCAAAUCAUUACCUCUGCCGUGGUGGUGCCAGAUAAUCGCCUGGGUCUUGUCUUGGAUGACAAUUGGCACAGCAUUUUGGUUAACUAUUGAAGUAGCGGGAAAAUUUGGACCAGAAAAAGCAACAGAGUGGGUGACAACUAUGACAAUUUCAUUAAUUCAGGAUAUCUUUAUUUCGCAGCCAAUAAAGGUGCUCCUCUUGGCUACAUUUUAUUCACUCGUCAUUAAAAGUCCAGACAAAGAAGAUGACGACCUACCACGAGUUAAACUAGAGGCAGACGAAGAAUGGUUACACGAAAAUGAAAAUAAUGCAGAUCUGUCAGACCCUUCUAAGCUUGAAGAGUUCAAUAAAAAAAGGCAAAUGGAUGUAGCCUGUGCCCUCCCGCCAGACAGGGAUGAAAUCGAAGAUCAAAGGAAACUGAGGUUUAAAGAAAUCAAGAUGCAUGGAAUUAUUAAGGAAAUAACGGCGUAUAUAAUAUUUCUAUGCUUAUUAAUGGUGGUCGCAUUUGGAAACAUUGGUAGAGAAGAGUAUGGUCUCCGCUCGUCAAUGGUUGACACAUUCAUUAAAGCAUCUUACAAUGGCAAAAUGCAAUUCACUAAGAUUUCGUCUCGGGAUUAUUUUUGGAACUACACAAUCAAUGUGUUCAUCCCCAGUCUGCAUGCCGGAGUUCAGUACAAUGGUGCAAAGGACCCGAACAGUGCUUCGGAAUAUCUAAUAGCUGAUCGAAUCUCGUUAAUGCCUACAAGCGCCAGACUUAGACAGUUGCGUGUUCAAAGAGAUAUUUGUACUGUUCCCUCACCAAUGGAUACAGUUAUCGAUAGAUGUCGGACCGAGUAUAAUCCAGGUUCUGAAGAAUCAAGACAUUUUAAAGAAAACUGGACUCUAAUCAACCAAACACAUCACAAAAACGCAGUUGGAUUGGAAAAGGUAUGGAGAUAUAAGACUUGGUUUGAACUUGGAUCACUACCCUACUGGGGGAAGUAUACCGUCUAUGGGGGUGGUGGCUACGUAGCUGAGCUUGGACACAAGGUCGAUGAUGCCUGGAAAAUUGCUGAGUAUUUACAAUCGACGAAAUGGGUUGAUCAACUCACUAGAGCUGUUUUCUUUGAAUUUUCAGUCUUCAACCCACCAUCAAAUCUUUAUGGCGUCGCUUACAUGAUUGCUGAAUUCUUACCAAGCGGAGGUGCUGUGGCCUACUACAACUUCCAGCCCGUGUUGAUUGACCGCUACUCCAGCGUUAAUAGUUUCUUGAUCAUAAUGUGUGAAGUGUGUUUUGGCCUUUUUAUUCUCUGGUUUCUUGUCAAGGAGUUCAUGGUCUUUAAGAAAAACAAGAAUGUGUAUUUUAAAAAUGUCAGUAAUCUGUUGGAGUUCACAAUUUUGUCUUUAUGUUUGACGGCGUUCGUUGUGUUUAUCUACCGCUACUUCGUCAUCAAGAAGCUCCAGUCGGAGCGAGAGGAAAACAUCAGGGGAUUUAUGAACUUCCAAUUUUUUGGACAGUUGGAUCAGCUCUAUUAUUACAUCAUUGGCAUUGUGUUAUUUAUAUCUACAAUCAAGUUCUUGAAACUGCUUCGGUUCAAUCGGAAAAUGCUUCUUCUGGCCAACACGAUCGGGUCUUGCUACAAGGAACUCUUAAACUUCUUUUUCAUGUUUUUGAUCAUAUUUGCUUCGUAUGGUGCGUGCGGGUAUAUGCUAUUCGGUACAAGAUUAUAUGCGUACAGCACGAUCGUGGGAACGUUCGAGUCACUUUUUUCAACACUGUUAGGAAAAUUCGACUUCGAAGCAAUGAAACAAACCAACAGAAUCUUAGGUCCGCUGUUUUUCUUCAGUUUCAUCUUAAUGAUAGUAUUUAUCCUGAUGAACGUCUUCUUAACCAUUGUAAACGAGGCCUUUGCUAGGACCAGAGCCGAAAACGAACAGAUGCAGAACUCGUUGGAAAUCGUUGAUUUUAUGAUUGAAAGAUUCAAACUCUGGACCGGAUUUUCAGAAAAGCGAGUGAGAAAACCGAAGAAAAAGCAUACGUAUGUAGAAGGUAUCGAUCCAAUGCAGGAAGUCUGUGACACGAUGAAUCAGAAAUUCAUCAUGAUGCUCGACAGAAUGAAUGAAUUCAUUAGGAAUGAAAAAUAUGAGAGUGAAAAAUCCGAAAGAAAGCGUUCGGAGCGACACAUAUAUGUUAGUUAGGACAAGCAGAAUAAGCUUUGCGUGGAGUUGAAUAGCUUGGUGGUUAUGAUACCUGCCCUGUGUUCACUUUUUUCUCACGACUAAAAAGAACUCUACUCUAUAUAAGCUUCAUUAUUAAAUUAAAUUAUUCUUAUCAUUCUUAUCUUUAUUGGAAAUCAAUACAGCUGAAUGGGAGGGUUUGGUCUCUAAGUAAACUUAAUUACUAUAACAUAUGUCAGAGAAUCACUCCCAUUCAGUAAUUACAAAUAUAAUUCAUUUAAAUUAUAAGAUAAGAUAAAAUAGUAUACUAUUUAUUGGUCUAUUCACAUAUAAAAAUACAUAAACAGAAAUGUUCCUUAAAUCUGGCAUAAACAAUAAGAAACAUUACAUUAUCACCAAACCGAUCAAGAAAUAUUACACCAAACAUGCAAUAAGAUAAAAUAUUUAAAAAUACACAUUAGGGCUAUUAUGAAAUUGGUGAAAUUAAAAGCUGACAACAAAGUUGUUACGCUACUACUCAUUACAUUAUUAAAAUGUUAUAUAUUUUUUUUACUGAGCAGGUUACUCAGUAUAAAAAGGAUAGAAGAAUUUACUGUAUCGUUUUCUUGAUGUUUGUAUAUUGUUAGAUUAGGUCUUGAACACGCAACUGAGUAGUAAAGCUUGGUUUCCUUAAAAUCGCUACACUGACGUUAAAAUAUUUCCAGUGCAAUCGCUGUACUGCGUAGCAGUCCCAGAGGGAAUUUGGAUGCUCCCGACCAAUCAGCAUCACCGAAAGUUGUCGGCGAUAACAUGUAGCGAUUGUAUGGAAACCUUACUUAAGUGUGAUGUACUCGGGUAUUACAAUUAUUCUAGGCACUACAUAAUAUCUAGAUUAUUCAUACACGUAAUUAUAUGUUGUUGUGACAUUGCACCGGGAAAGCACAGUGGAAUACAAUUAAUCUGCGGAUUCAUGGGAGGUGCGAGCCGGCCAAAACUUCAAAGAAAAUAAUCAAAAAAUCAAAUUUAAAUCCGAGAGUGAAAUUCCCGGCCAUCUGGUGCCAUAAUAAUAGAUUUUCAUUCCUCAGCAUGGUGGGCCUGAGCUGGGUGGAUCCUCGGUCUGUGGAAGUCCCUCCCUGGCCCCAUCUGUAUCAAAUUCUUGGAUCUGCCAUUUUUAAUUUAACUAUCUAUAACUCAUGCGGAACAGUGAUAGAAAUGAUACAACUUCGUAAGUCAAUAAUAGCUCAGCUCUCUGAGAUGGAAACGUGCGCCUUAAGCUUGGUUUCAUACAAUCGCAACACAGUCGCUAUGUUUUCACUGCAGUCCUUGCACUGCAGCGUAACAGUCUUAGACGCAAUCGCUCCCUGAUUCAACAGACCAAUCAGCGUCGCCAAAGGAGUCGGCGAUAGCGUGUAGCGAUUACUAUUAUUAUUAUUAUUAUUAUUAUUAUUUCAUGAUGUGAUGUAAUCAUGAUAAUAUUUAGGCAUGCCACUUGUUUUUGUCGCAUAAAAUUUGAACAUGUGUCAGAGCUUUAGAACAUUUACAUUUACAUACAUUUAUCUGUUUAAAAAAAAAAAAUAUUGUUCCCAACAGCACCAUCAAGUGUUAUGCCAUUUGUACAUGUAUAUUAAUAUACUAUAUACUACUUACUUAUAUUUGUUAUUAUAUGCCUAGAUAUAAAUGAAUAUGAACUUAAGGAAAACUCCGAAUGUCCGAAACAUCUUAAAAACAACACUUGCGUCCUUUUGGUUCAAUUAUCAAGGAUUCAUGAAAUUUACCUGUUUCUUGUUUAUUUGAGAAAACGUCUAUUCGUAUACAUAAAGCCAGAUUGUCUACCGUCGUAGGUAUAUGAGAAAUUGUUGCAUUUAAGUAUAGUAAUUUUAAACGUGAUAUUGUAUUUAAAAAAGUAAAUUACAACUUUUUAAACCCAAUAUUGAAAUAAGUAAUUUAUAAUGUUUAUAAAUACAGGCCUAAAUCGCAAGGGUUACACACUACAUAGGGUUUUAAUAUUCAAAUUGUUGUAUGUAGGCCUAUUUUGUAAACAUUUACAAUGUGGUUUGACUUUUAUGUUUGUAGUAGAUGUUGAAAUGAUAGAAAUAUUCAUCUAGGUUCAAUCUGAGAAAACUAUUAAUCCUGCGCCAUAUUCACCACACUAAGCUGGUGCUCAAUCUUAUCAGAUUUAUUCCUAAAAGAAUACAGUAUCCUUAAAAGUUAUUACCACUGGGGUUGUAAUGCCAACAUUAAUCAUAUUUCACUAUGUUACUUUAAAUAUGUUUUUGUACUUUGACGUAUGCUCUUCUUCUCAUGUCCCUGUUUUAUGGGAUGAUGAAGAGUGAUGCCCAAUUUUGUUACCCAUUAAAAUUCACGGCAAACAUA